AGUGAAAGUGAACCGGUUUCGUUUCUGGUAAACAUUAGCUCUGAGUAAAGUCUACACCACAGCAGCUCAGUAUAUAUUCCACUUUGUUUGACGACUAUUAAAGCUUCACUACAGAUGGGGAUGGCUCAGUCUUCAUCAUGGAACAAUACCAGAGCAUGUAGUGUGAGAGGACUUUCGAACUGUAGUCUCUCCUGCUGUAUCAAUGCCUUACUGCAGUCUUUUGCAGCCACUACAGAGUUACAGGAGCUGCUCACCAGAUGGCAGCCAUCCGAGGAAUCUGGUGACUACAAUGUUCCCCUGGAGCUCAAAAGAGCAUUAGAAGCCAUGAAGGAUAAAACGCAGCCGAGGCCUCAUAAUGAUUUUCUGGCAUGCCUUCACUAUAACCACAUUUGCCGGUUAACUCAACAUGACGCUGACGAAGUGUUCCACGCCAUCCUCAACCUCAUUCAGAAGCAGAUGUCUGACCAGCAAAUUGCUGCAGAGAUAAAAAAUCUUUACAAGAUCGGGGUGGACGGAUGCUGUCAGUGUUUAUCCUGUGAGAAUGUACACCGCGUCCCCGCCUUAUUUCUCAGCUUUCCGCUAUAUCUGCAUGAGGACAGGGACAGCUUGGAUGAGUGUGUAAAAGCGUUUUUUGAGUCACAGAUAUUGGAAGGCAGUGAAGCUUUUUACUGUGUCAAAUGUGAAAAGAAGACGCCAACUGUUCAGAGCUAUCAGCUUGUUUCCCUGCCAUCGAUCCUGUGCAUUAACCUAAAGAGGUUCAGAAACAGCAAUGGCAUGACCAGAAAGCUGAGCACCAAAGUCACUUUCCCUGAAACUAUAAAUAUGGCUGAAAUGUUACCUAAGGAACAUUCCCACAUGUCUGAGAGCAGGUACAGACUGUACGCAGUCAUUGUUCAUUCUGGGAUUGCCACGGUGGGGCACUACACAGCGUACAUCUAUUCCACGGACAGCAAGUGGUAUUAUAUUGACGACAGCCACGUGGAUGAAGUCAAAUGGGAGGAAGUUCAACAAACUUAUGGAGGGAGAGGACGGUUCAGUGAAACUGCGUAUAUGCUGCUGUACAGGACCCUGAGCUCACAGGCAGCCUAGGAAUCCAUCAGAUGAACAUAAAGAUCCUUUAAAUCAAAUUAAAUGUAAUUCAGUAAAUUGUAUGAAUCAGAUUGUAGUAGGAAAUAAUUUGUAUGAAGUGAUAUAGAAAUAAUUUUUAUGGCUUCGAAAACAUUUGGUGUAUGUAGCACUAAGAGGUUAAUCAUCAGAGGAAAUCAUUUUCUUGGGAAUGUUUCUGUUUCUGACUUUGAUUAUCUGUCAAAAGAGCUUUUUAUGUAUCCAAUUUAUAUUUAACUAAAUUUUCUCUACAAA